GUUUUUUCCUCAGAAGCAGAAACCAGGCUUUGCAGAAUGGAAGGGAAUGGAGAGGCUUCUCCUUUGGACUCAAACAGUGACAAAGUGCUGCAUUUUGGGAAGAGAGAGCAAUGCCUGCAAGCCUUUAAAACCCCCCAGCAUUGAAAACCUGCCUCUAUAGAAGGAGAACACCAGAUAUCCAGCUUGCCAUGGCUGCGGUGGACAGUUUCCCCCUUUUGCUCAGGGAGGUUGGACGGUCCUGCAGCAGUUUCAUAGAGACCCUGGCUCUGAUCGGAGCUUUCUACACGGCCAAGACCUGCUUCACUAUCUUGGGUGACGCUUACACCUUAAUCCGGGUGCAUCUCAUUCCCAGGCUGCUCAAGAGGCCCGAUUUCGUCAAGCUGUAUGGCAAGUGGGCCGUUGUCACAGGUUGCACUUCAGGAGUCGGGAAAGCCUAUGCCAAAGAACUGGCAAGUCGUGGGGUGAACAUCGUCUUAAUAAGCAGGAACAAGGAGAAGCUGGAAGCCGUUGCCAGAGAGCUAGUGGAUUCCUACAAGAUUGAAACUGCAGUGAUUGUGGCAGACUUCAGCAAAGGCCGCGAGAUCUACCCAGCCAUUGAGAAAGCCCUUUUGGGCAAAGACAUUGGCAUCCUGGUGAAUAACGCCGGCGUGUUCUAUAGUCGCCUGGACUGUUUCACCAGUUUAACGGAGGCGAAGAUGUGGGAAUUAAUCGAUGUGGAUAUUGGGGCAGCUACCAUGAUGAUCCAUAUGGUGUUGCCAGGGAUGGUACAGCGAAAGAAAGGGGCUAUUGUGAAUGUUUCUUCCUUGUCUUGCACCCAUCCUUCCCCACAGAUUGCAGUAUACUCUGCCUCCAAGGAUUAUCUGGACCAUUUAAGCCGAGCACUUUAUUACGAAUAUGCUUCCAAAGGCAUCUUUGUUCAGAGCUUAAUCCCUGCCUUCCUCAGCACCAAAAUGACAGCCUUUAUCAACCUGUUCCCGAAAGAAGGCUUUAUUUCACCUUCCGCUGAAGUGUAUGCGCGCCAUGCGAUUACCACCCUUGGGAUAUCCAAAAGGACCACUGGAUAUUGGCCACAUACGAUUUUGUUUAUGCUUGGAAACUAUGUACCAGACUGGCUCUGGGCUUGGGGAAUGAACAUAGUUGCUGCUUAUCAUCAUGAAAGGAAGACGCUUUGAUGGGCGGAAAAGCAUUACGACUAUCGUCUAGAGAGUCCAUACCACCUAGCAACUUAAGUUUGUUGAUUCCCACAACAUCACAUGUUUUUGGAUGCAUUUUCUUCUCGUCUCUCGCAACUUCCCCCCUAUUUCCAAAGACUUAAAGAGCUUUCUUUCUUUUGUUUUGCUUGUACCUUGAUGUAGUUGUGCGUCAAGGAGAAAUAUAGAAGGAGAAACCUGUUUUGUUAGCUGCCUAGCUUUGCAUAAAGGUCAGAUUUUGACAAAGUACUAAGCCAUGCUGCAGCAUUAUGAAAGCUUAACAGGGUUUCAUAAGCAACCAACCUUCACUAGUGUGAGAAGAAGAAAAGAUGUGGCUAUAUCUUAUAUCAAAACUCUGUUUAAAUAGAAUACUCUAGGCCUUAGUGUCUCCUUUAUUUUCUGUGAAAGACCUGAAACUGCUUUCAGACUUGGAAACAAAUACUUUUUGGUACACUGAUCCUGGCAACAUCCUUCAGUAGUUUGUUUUGAAUAGUCUAUUCCCUGUGCCCCUGUCUAUAUAUUUUUAGGCCUUAGAGGGGAUACUUGGAAGAUUAAAUCUAAGAGCUAUUUACUUUCUCCAUCAAGACAACACACUGGUCUUUCUGCCUCAAAACAAUAAAUGUAUUAUAAGCAAUGUAUCUACUGAUCAGAGCAAUACUCUGUAAACUCAGGGUUUGUGUGAGCCUCUUUAUUUUGAACUAUAUUGAAUUUCCUAUAUAUAUUUCACCGUCUAUACCUCACUGUAAUUGUAAAGACAUGUUUAUUGGAAGUAGCGCUGGUAAUUGAUUUGCUCUGUAGUGAUAUAUAAACUCUGUUUUACAUGAUCAAAUAGUACUGCAGAACGCAAAGGGGUCUUGUAGCACCUUUGAGACUCAACUGAGCGAGGCAUUGCAGCGUAAGCUUUUGUCGACUUGGUCUACAUCCUCAGAGAGGCCAAGUCUACAGAAGGUUACGUUACAACGUCUUUCGUUCAGUUAGUCUCAAAGGUGUUACAAGAUCCCUUUGCAUACCGAUAUUCCAGACUAACACAGAUGUGUGUCUGAAUUCGACCCAAACAGUGCUGCAGAGUUUGUUUUGGACUUUGGAAGGAUGUAGUUAAUGACGUAAAAGCAUAUAUUUAUUAAGUGACGUAAAAGGACUAUUAAAAGACGCUUGACUAAUG